AGUUUGGAGGCCCUGAUGCUUUUGAACUCCCUCCACAGAGCACAGAAAUCUGGCUGCCCUUCUCUGGCCCGGUCCGAAGUGUCCCUCUUGGCUCCCAUCACCAGCCCAGAUAAGGUCAUCUGCGUCGGCAUGAAUUAUGUGGACCACUGCCUGGAGCAGAACGUCAAGAUCCCCAAGGAGCCCAUCAUCUUCAGCAAGUUCUCCAGUUCCAUUGUGGGACCCUACGAUGCCAUUGUCCACCCGGCGGAGACCAACGAAGUUGACUGGGAAGUUGAGCUGGCCUUUGUCAUUGGGAAGAAAGGGAAACGCAUCCAGGAAUCCGAGGCGAUGGCCUACGUGGCUGGAUUCAUGGUGGCGCAUGACGUCAGUGCCCGAGACUGGCAGAUGAGGAGGAAUGGGAAGCAAUGGCUCCUAGGGAAAACCUUCGACACCUUUUGCCCGCUGGGCCCAGCUCUCGUGACCAAGGACUCCGUCUCAGAUCCUCACAAUUUGGGCAUCCGCUGCCGGGUGAACGGCGAACUCGUCCAGAACAGCAGCACCAACCAGAUGAUCUUCAAAACGGAGGCUCUGGUCGCCUGGGUGUCCCAGUGAGUGCUGUCCUCCCC